GAAGAACUCCUCAGUAGAGGAGGAUUCACUACUCUACCACUCUGCAUUGGAGCUCCACAACAUUUUGGUACAGAUUUGGAAAGAUGCAUUUACAAAUAUCUUUACUGCUGCUGUUUUGUCUGAACAUUGUCCAUGGUAGUGAUGGAUAUUUUUCUGAGCGAUAUCAGAAACAAUCCAGCAUCAAGGGGCCACAUUUUCUACCAUUCAAUGUAAAGAGUCAAGGUGUGCAGGUAAGGGGGGAACAAGGACCCCCUGGUCCUCCAGGCCCUACUGGACCACGAGGACAACCAGGUCCUGCAGGAAAGCCAGGGUUUGGAAGUCCAGGUCCCCAAGGCCCCCCUGGUCCCCCAGGACCACCUGGAUUCUCUGCGGUUGGAAAGCCAGGUGUGCCAGGGCUCCCAGGAAAGCCAGGAGACAGAGGACUAAGUGGUGAGAAAGGAGAACCUGGACCUCUUGGGCUCCCAGGAGCAAGAGGACCACAAGGACCACCUGGCACGCCUGGACCUGCAGGACUGUCUGUCCCUGGUAAGCCAGGACCACAAGGCCCUCCAGGAGCUCAGGGUCCGAGGGGCCUCCCUGGUGAGAAGGGAGAGCCAGGUAUCCCUGGAAUAAGUGGACAGAAAGGAGAAAGUGGAUUUGGCAUUCCAGGCCGCCCAGGUGGCAGAGGUCUUCCAGGCCCACAGGGACCUCGGGGCCUCCCUGGUCCGGCUGGGGUUGGGAAGCCUGGUGAGAAUGGUCUUCCAGGUCAGCCAGGUCUGAAAGGUGACCGAGGCUUUCCAGGUGCACCCGGAGCAGCUGGUCUCCCAGGUCCCCAGGGUCCCCCAGGCGAACCUGGAGAAGCUGGCAUUGGCAAGCCUGGACCGAUGGGACCCCCAGGAGCAGCAGGCAUCCCUGGAGCCAAGGGACAUCCCGGACCCGCAGGCUUGCCCGGAUCCCCAGGUCUCCCAGGUUUUGGAAAGCCAGGAUUGCCAGGGAUGAAGGGACACAGAGGGCCGGAAGGUCCUGCUGGCCUCCCUGGACCCAAAGGAGACCAAGGCCCAGCGGGUGUGCCAGGAGAGCCGGGGCCGCCCGGGCCGCCCGGGAGCAUGGGUCCCCAUGGACUCAAGGGUUUGCCUGGGGAGAACGGCCUGCCCGGGCCCAAAGGCGACAUGGGCCCUGGUGUUGCUGGUCCCAAGGGACACCCAGGUUUCCCGGGCGCGAAAGGUGACAUUGGCCACGCUGGGCUCCCCGGGCUGCCUGGUCCAAUGGGUCCACAGGGACCCAAGGGAGUGCCAGGGAUCAACGGCGAGCCAGGCGCCAGAGGGCCUUCAGGAAUACCUGGGAUCAGAGGCCCCAUUGGCCCCCCUGGCCUGCCAGGAGCCCCCGGUGCCAAAGGCGAGCCAGGAGCACCAGGACUGCCGGGACCGGCAGGCAUUUCUAAAUUGAGCGGCCCCAUGGGACCCCCCGGACCCCCUGGCCCAAAAGGCAGCAGUGGUGAGCCAGGCUUGCCAGGACCCCCAGGGCCCCCCGGUCCUCCUGGUCAAGCUGCAAUCCCACAGAUGCCCGAAGGCUACGUUAAAGCAGGAGAGUCUCGGGAGCUGUCGGGAAUGUCUUUCAUAAAAGGAGGAGUAAACCAAGCUCUUACAGGGAUGCCAGUGUCUGCUUUCAGUGUCAUCCUCUCGAAAGCCUACCCUGCAGCCACAGUCCCCAUCAAGUUUGAUAAAAUCUUGUACAAUAGGCAGCAACACUAUGACCCCAGAACAGGCAUCUUCACCUGCAGGACCCCUGGACUGUACUAUUUCUCCUACCAUGUACACUCAAAAGGAACAAACGUUUGGGUUGCACUCUACAAAAAUGGUUCCCCACUCAUGUACACCUAUGAUGAGUACAAGAAAGGAUACCUUGACCAGGCUUCUGGCAGUGCUGUCAUUGAUCUCAUGGAGAAUGACCAAGUAUGGCUCCAACUGCCCAACUCAGAAUCUAAUGGUCUCUACUCCUCUGACUAUGUUCACUCUUCUUUCUCAGGUUUCCUGUUUGCUCAUAUCUAA